CAAAUGAUGAAAUAUAAGUCCAUGUAAAGGUAGUACGGCUCAGCUGAUAUAAAAGUCUACUAACUACCAAACUUUUCUUAUAAAUGAGUCAGUAGUCAUGUCGGCUAAUACUAACUCGACAACGACUACCCCGCAGUUAGAUGCUGGCAGGGAUAGAGUGGCAGUACUUCAGCAUGAGAAUCCUUCAUUAUCAUCUCAAGGUAUGUCAUUAUCGCGAACUCCUACUAAUGGUUCAACUCCAGGAGCUCCUAUUAAGAAACAACAUCUGAAAGUUAAAAUACAUAGUCGAUCGAAUUCUCAUAUGAAAUUAUCCACAUCUACGGGUCCAAAUAAAGGAGCUCGACCUCACUUGAAUCGUUCUAAAUCAACUGAUGUUUUAAUUAGAACUAAACUGGGUACUGUUUUAAAAAGAAAUAAUCGUUCAUUUACUAAACUUGCAGGUUUACAACCUCUUACUAAAACUGUAUCUAAUCCAACCAUUCGUUCUAAUAAAUCUACUGGAUCUUUAAAGAAUAUGGGAGGAGCAUUAUUAACAUCCAAUAAUCAACAUUUAGUAGGAUUAAAAACAAGUGGGAAGAAAGAAAAAGCUAUAUUACGAUUGAAUGAUGAUGAAUUAAAUAAUGAAGAAUAUGAAGAUGUAGCAGAAGAUGAAGCCAUAGAUCCUGUACCUGAGAAAUUCAAUUUACAUUCUAAUUCAAGUACAUCCAUUAAUGAUAGUGAUAGUAAUGUCGAUCAUAAUUCUACUCAAAUUCAUCCUCCAUCUGAAAAUUUAACUGAUAAUUCAACCAAUGAUAUCAAUCUUAUAGAUCAUGAUCAUAAUAACAACAACAACAAUAACAACAAUAAUAAUAACAAUAAUAAUAAUAAUAAUAAGAAUAUGAAUAAUCAUAAUAAUCAUAAUAAUCAUAAUAAUCAUAAUAAUCUUCAUGUUGUAUCAUCCAAUCGAAGUUCAACUGAGAAUUUAGUAAAUUCCAAUAAUCUAUAUAGUGGAUCAUUAUUAUUAUCUCAAUCAACAGGAUUGAUUAAGAAAUUAGAUCCUAAGGGUUCAAACAUGUUAUUAAAUCAAAAAUUAAAGUCUGGAGAUACUGUUAUUACUCAUAGUAAAAUUGAUUCAUCAGUAGAUUCUGAAUCAAUUAGUGGAAUAUCAUUUAAUGCUCAUGGUCAUGAAGAUCAUAAUUUGGCAUUACCAGUUACAACUGCAAACAAUGUAGUACCUAGUAAUUCUUAUCAACCAAAUCAAACUAUUUUUAAUAAUUUACAAAGAACUACGAAUCAAUAUCUUAACUCUAAAAAAGUCCAUUCAGAAGGUAAUAGAUCUACUAGUAAUUCUAUUAAUAAUAAUAAUAAUUUUUCAAAUUUCUUGGCUAAUAAUCAAUUAUCAACUUCAUCAAAUGAUUCUAAUGCUCAAAAUAUAGAAACUAGAACUCAACAAAGAUUAUGGUUACAACGAGAAAAUUCAUUAAUGGAUGUUUCAAAUAUUGAUCCAUCUAAAUUAUCUAAUUUUUCUAAUUUAUCAUUAAGUAAUCUUAUGUUUGCUAAUUAUCAAAAUCAAUCAGCACCUCCUUUAACUCCAGGUAUUACUGGAGGUCCAACUUUAACUCAAACUACUAGUACAACUGCAUUAACAACUCCACCAAUAAAUUCUAAUGGAGAUAGUACUACCAAUAUUAAUGGAUUAUUAAUGAUGGUUCAAAAUAGUACUUAUCAAACAUCUAUUCAAUCUAGAACUGAAUUCGAAAGAUUAAAUAGAGAAUAUUUAAAUGUUAGAAGACAUUUGAAUCCCGUCGGUGAAUGUUUAAGUAGAUUAGAGACAUUAUUGCAGAGUAAGAAAGAUUUAAAAAUAGUUAAAACAAGACAAAAUAAUUCUUCACCACUGACUAUAUCAGUGCAUCAGAAAUCUACUAAUUCAUUCAAGGAGUUUGCACCUUCCUAUCAGGAAAAGGAAAAUGAAACCAACGUUAAGUUGAAUAAAUUAUGGCAAGAGGCUAUAUUAACUACUCUGUCGAAUGGUAGUCAUAGGCUGGGGUCAGGACAGGGUGUCAAUCAGUUACAAAGACCGUCUAGUGGUAGAAUGAAUAGUUUGAAUCAGACACAGAAUCCACAACCGACAACCCGAGCUGUGAAAUUGGCAGCUGCCCAGGCACAAGCUCAGGCCCAUGCUCAAGCACAGGCACAAGCACAAGCCCAAGCACAAGCACAGGCACAGGCACAAGCACAGGCACAGGCACAAGCACAAGCCCAAGCACAAACCACUACACGCACAUAGCUACAUAGCAGACGUAUAUAGACAUAGUUCAGCAAACGUCAUUGAACAAAACUCGUAAUUAAAGAUA